UGUGUAGUGGAGAGGAGGAGAGGUCUUCCCGUCACCAAGCACAUCCGUGUGUGGCUGCAGAAAGAACGGGACUCUGCGCAGAGACCGUUGCAGCCCGGAGACACGCAGAGCUAGCCGAGUGUGUCUAUGUGUGUGAGAGAGCCUGACAGUGUAGUAGAUGUGUGCGCUGUAGACGGUGGAUGUAUCUCAUGGCUCUUAUCAGCUGAUCAGAUCUCACUGCAGCGAGGCCGUUGGGUUGAUUUGCAUACGUCCGUGUGUGAGGCAUUCCCAGGUGAACAGGGUUAACUGGAGACCAGGCUGUAAUCGGAGGCUAAGCUGUGAUGCUUCCACCAUAACACUAGCGUGUGUGUGUGUGUGUGUGUGUGCACGCAAGAUACCGGUUUCAGAGCACACACGACAGGAGGAAGUGACACAUCUCUAAUCGCGCUCUCGGAUUUCCUGAAACCUCUCCGGUGGCACGAGGAGCGGCGGUUGUACCCGAAUCUGAGGCGAUCUCACCUCUCUCCUCACCUCUGAUCCUGGAGUCACAGCCUAUCCUGGACGUCUGUAGACACUUCUGUUGACCGGUCGCUGGGGAACUUGGAUUGUGAGAGCUCUCGUUGGCGCGUCUCUAUACUAACCUGACAAGGGACUGGGGCUCCUCGUGAAGGAUGUGAGGGCCGUGAGUGUCUGGAUGCCCCUACACACAGGGUCUUUCCCCCUGUGGGGCAAUCAGGUUGUUUCCUGCUCUGUUGGUUGUGUACAUAGCUGAGAGAGAUAGAGAGAGCUCAUAUUUAGCCCCUCAAUGACCGGCAGCAACAGCAUGAGCAGUGGCUACUGCAGUCUGGACGAGGAGAGCGAAGACUUCACUUUCUUCACUGCAAAGACCACCUUUUUUCGCCAGCCCAAAAAGCUACUUAAGCAGAAUGAGGUCAAAGAAGAGGAGGGAGGGCCCAAGGUGCUGUCGGAGGAAGAGGUGCGGGCCAGGAUAGAGGACUACAACUCUAAGGUCUCAGAGAAUGGCAUGAGUCUGGCUACUGACGGUUCCUACACUGGCUUCAUUAAGGUCCGUCUCAGGCUGAGUCGACCGGUCACGGUGUCCGUUAUUGAGGCGGGGGGAAUAGACGCGCAGCCGGACCUGGCAGAAAAACACCAGGAGGGGGCGGGAGGCGCGAUGAGUGACAAGCGGACGUCGUUCUACAUGCCCACCGACUGUGUGAAGCAGAUACACAUCAGUAGUUCUACCACAGUUAAGGAGGUCAUUCAGGGCCUGCUCAAGAAGUACAUGGUGCUAGAUAAUCCACGCAAGUUUGCCCUGUACAGACAGACACACCGAGAUGGGCAAGAUCUGUUUCCAGAAGCGUCCUUCCGGGAGCGUCCUCUCGCCCUGAGACUGGAAGCGGGGCCAGACGCCGAGCUACUCAGCUUCGUCCUCAAGGAGAACGAGACGGAAGAGGUGGAGUGGCAUGCAUUCUCUGUUCCUGAGCUGCAAAACUUCCUGGUGAUUCUGGACAAGGAGGAGACUGAGCGCGUCCGAUUGGUAAAGCAGAGAUUUGAAGCCUACCGAGAGAAAUUGCAGAAGGCGCUACAAGAGAAUCAACCCUGACCCGUCACUGUUGACAUCUCAGUCGUAAUCCCUCGCCCCAACCUUUCACUCCUCUGUGGACCCGGGGAGAGACAGGAGCCCACCGAGGCUCACAGACUACUCCCUUCAGGACACAGCCGGCUCCUCCCUCCCGCACAACCUCUCUGGAGAAGAGAAGAUGGGUUGAAAAAAGGAUGACUGGACAGGAUGCCAAGAAGAAAAUAAAUACAGGCAUUUCCCUGCAAGUGGAAAAUCCACACUGAACUAAUGGACUCUGACUUGUUUUUUUUUUUGGUUUCAGAUAUCUGAGUUCAGCCUGACAAUCUGACCAGAUGGGUCUUCUGAUGUUACACUGAUUCUCAGUUUGGUCUGACCGUGUUUUUAAUAUUCUAUUGCUGCUGCUACUGCAAGUGUUACUUAAUUACUUAUGCAUGAGUUUUGACCUUCUUUAUGUGCCCCUUGGCCUGCAGAAUGAUCUAGAAGGACCAGACCUUACUGUUAGAAAGCCAUUAGAAAAUUCCAUUGCUGUAUGUUUCCGAUAUCAGCUUUCAUGUUGUCCCCACGUGGCUGCCUGGGCACAAAGGUUAAAGGGGUCAGCAUGAAUAGGGGGUGGUAGGGUUUGGUAGGUGGGAUGGGAUAGGUGGAACUUUCUGGGGUCAGGGUAGAGUAACACGAAAUAAAUACUUUAGACCAAACAUUUUCAGACACCUCUCAUAUCAUUCCCAGAGAUGUAUGGCAGUUUUUCUCUUAGAGUUGCUCCAUUGAGCUCAGGGGGCAAAUUGUUCAUCCAGCACUGAUGUUAGUGUGCAAGGUCUUGUUCAAGUCUUAUGCAGUCAUUUCACAGACCUGUUUGUUCACCCUUACUGCAGAUAUACAAAUGGCUACCUACUCGAGGUAAUCUGUUCCCAAUAGAUCUCAACCUGUUAUUUAUUCACCCUGUCCUGCAUAAGCAUAAAAUGUCUGCUGGUUUUUUAUUAAACAUUUAGAAAUAGUUCAGUGGGAAAUAGAUGCACUUCUGAUGCUUCUUGAACUUCCCAACCUUCAAUCACUAACUUCUGACUCUUAAGCUGUAAAUGUACCCCCUCCAUUUUCUCUGAUAGGUGAUGGCCAACACUGAGAGGGAACUAUGCC